CUUCCUUUGAGCACAACAAAAAUGCAAGAAAUGCAGAUAACUCUUCAGUGGAUGAGAGCGACCAAUCCUUGAAAGAUGAACUCGAAUCUAAAUCGAUGAUAUCUAGCGUGACUAUAACAACCAGUUCGGGACGACAACGAAAGCACAUGGCUUUACCUGACUUUAAUUCACAAGGACCAAUGGCAGCAUUUCGUACUGUAACAGACAAGAUUAAGAAGCUAGAACAAGAAAAAGGAGAAUCUGACAGACUCGUGCAAGAAUUACAGCAAAAGUUAAGAAAAUACGAAGAAAAACUCUCUGAAAUUUCUGCAGAUAAAUCCGAUUCGUCUCGAACGUCAUUUACAGAAUAUACGCCUAGAAAUUUUGAAAGGGGAGAAGGAAGUAGACAGGAGAAAGGAAAGAGAAAAGAGGGAUGGAAAAAAUGGGAUAGGAAGAGUAGAAGAGAUGAAAGCAGCGACGAUAGUGAAGACAACAAGGAAUCUGCAAGUUACAUCGAUCCGGAACAGGUCAAUAUAGUUGAAGAAGAAAUCGCAGAUAAUCGGCGAAAACGAAGUAGUACGGGGACCGAUCGAAGAGAG